UCCACAAGUUCGGGAAAUCCCCCCAAAACCCAACCCAAUUCCACCAAUCGGUCGCUGCUUCGGCCGCCCCACCUCGGCGUGGAGAUGGCUAACCGACGCGGCGGCGGAGGCCGCGACGGAGGGAGAGAUUCCGGUGACAAGAGGGGCGGCGGGGGCGGCAGGAACCGGGGCCGCGGCGGCGGCCGAGCGGCUCCCCCCGCCGGCGGGAGAGGCCCCCGCGAUGAGGUUGACGAGACCCGCGGAGGCGGCUCGGCUCCCGUCGGAGACCAGAACCGCGGAGGAGGCGCCUCUCGCGGCUUAGGCCAGUACCGCGGCGGAGGCGGCGCGGACCGCGACCGAGGUGCCAGCUCUUACGCGCGAGGCGGGGACCGCGGCGCGGGCGGCGAGGACUACGGCAGGGUCGACAACGCUUACGGAAGAUACCAGAGCCCCCGCGGAGGCGGCGGGGAUCCAAGCGGAAGCCGAGGAAGAGAAGGGCGUGGUUCGGGAAGCAAUGGACCUCGGGACCCGUACCACCAUGGGGGAGAGCAGGGUCGCGGCGCGGGCGGCGGAGAUCACGGCGCGGGCGGCGGGCCUUACGGAGGAUACCAGGGCCGCGGCGGAGGGGAGGACUACUAUCCAAGCAGAUGGCACGGAGGAGGGCGCGGUCCGUACGGGUACCACCCCGCGCCGCAGGAAGAGCGGCGUCGCGACAAGUACCCCCAGCAGUACGCCGCGACACCGUCGCCGAAGAAGAUCCCCUCCAAGGAGGUGGCGAGCCCGUCGCGACCUGGUGUCAGAAAAAUUGGUCCCAUUGAAGAGGUAGAAGUCAAACUUUGGGUGAACCACUUUAGCAUUAAGUUUGGGGAAUCAACUGUCUUUCACUACGGUGUCAAGCUCGCCCAAGUUUCUCCAGAGGCAUCAGGAGGCUUGGAGCUCUCCAUGGCAGAUCAGAAUUUUGUAAAUGCUCAACUCUUGAAGAUGCUUCAGAAGUCUCCACAUUCAUUAGUUGUUGCUUCUGAUGGCAAGGGCAAUCUGUACUCCUUUGCCAAACUGCCAGAAGGUUUAUCCCUCCCUGUGUCAGUUCGGUCACGGGCCUACAAUGCCUCAGUAGAGUUCAAGGACGAGCUGCCGUUCCGCUCUGAUCAGCAUGUGCCUAGGAAUGUCUUGCAGGCUCUUGAUGUCAUUGUGCGUCAGGCCUCUAGCUAUGAAAAGAUUAUCAUUGGUCAGACAUUAUAUUCACCACAGUGGUUAGUUCUUGAGGGCUCCAAUCAUGUUCAUGUCCAAGCUCUAGGGGGAACGAAGCAGACCCUAAAACCCACCGAGCAAGGGCUAGUCUUAUGUGUGGACUAUUCAGUUAUGGACUUCUGCAAACCUGAAAGCCGUGUUCUGGAUCUUGUUGAGCACUUGCUGAAGCGCUUUGGCAGAAGGAACCACCUUAACCCCCGUAGUCCAGCUCUAGACAAGGAAGAGUGGGAAUAUUUGAAGAGUCAGCUCAGAGGCCUGUGUAUUACCGUGAGUUACCAGAAGAAGUCCUCUGAAGGAAAAAGGGAUGCGCCGACAGUUCGGAAGUACAAGGUUCAAGACUUGACGGCUGAAAAGGCUGAACAGAUAAUCUUCAAGGAGUUCAAAGUAGAUAAGAGUUGGGAGCUUGUUCAGUAUUAUCGUCAGCAGUACGGGGAGGAUAUUCAGUAUAAGAUGCUUCCAUGCUUGAUUUUGAGCAAGAGAGAGGACAAGCCAAACUAUGUCCCGAUUGAGCUUUGCAGGCUUCAUAGAUGUCAGAAGUAUCCCAAGGAUUCCAGCCAGGAACCGAGGAGGCCACCCCCAUCAGAUGAGCGGAAAAUUAUGAUUGAGCGAAUGGUUAAUGAUGGACUGGAUGGGCCUUGCAGAGGAGGAAACAGAGGCGAGCAAUUCAGGAUUUCAUUGGAUACACAGAUGACAGAAGUGACCGGCAGGAUCCUUCUCCCCCCAGUGCUAAAACUGGGUGACUCUAAAGAAUUGAGUAUUCGUCUUGCUAACCGCCAGUGGAACCUCCAGGAUCACAAAAUAUUUGACGGCCAGUCUCUCAAGUGCUGGGGCGUGCUCGAUUUCAGUGGACAGGAGACUCGUUUCAGGGAUGCCUUUAUUGCAAAGAUUGUCAGAAAGUGCAAUAAUCUCGGUAUUACGAUGUUCUGUGAGCCAAGCCUUGUGCACAAGUCAGCAAUGUUGGUGCUAUCUGAUCCGGACAAACUACGUAGGGAGCUUAGCAAAGCGAAGGAGGCUGCGGAGGAGAAGGGGCAGAAGCUGCAGCUCCUCUUCUGCCCGAUGUCUGAGCUGCACCCUGGGUACAAGACGCUGAAGCUGAUCUGCGAGAUAGAACUGGGGAUGCAGACUCAGUGUCUCUUGACCCAGCUGGCGAACAAAGAAGGCAAGGGCCAGGACCAGUACUUGUCCAACCUUGCCCUCAAGAUCAACAGCAAGCUCGGAGGAAGCAACAUGCAGCUAUCUCGCGAGCUCCCAAUGGUGACUGGCACACGCUUCAUGUUCAUCGGCGCGGACGUGAACCACCCGCCUCCAGGAGACACGGUGAGUCUGUCGAUAGCAGCUGUUGUGGCGUCCAUGGAUUGCCCUAGCGCCAGCCAGUACGUGCCGAGAAUCCGUGCCCAGAGGCACCGCUCGGAGGAGAUCGAUAACCUCGGUACCAUGUGUAAGGAGCUCAUCCAAGUCUACAUGGAAAGGAACGGCGGCUUCAAGCCAGACAAGAUCAUUUACUUCCGCGAUGGCGUGAGCGACGAGCAGUUCAAGAUGGUCCUUGACAAGGAGCUAGUGUCUAUGGAGAAGGGUAUCUGCGAAGACGACUACUCGCCGACGAUCACAGUUGUCGUGGCCAAGAAGCGGCACAACACGCGGCUGUUCCCCAAGGACGAAAACGAGCUGCAGACAACGAAUGGCAAUGUGCUCCCUGGCACGGUCGUCGACACAGUCGUGGUCGACGGGUCGCACGAUGACUUCUUCCUCUGCAGCCACGACGGGCUGCACGGGACGAGCCGGCCCACGCACUACUACAUGCUGAAGAACGGGCACGGCUUCAAGCGCGUGGACCUGCAGAAGCUGGUGUACAGCAUGUGCUUCAUGUUCGCUCGCUGCACCAAGCCAGUGUCGCUGACGGCGCCCAUCAAGUACGCCGACAUCACGGCCUACCGCGGCAGGGACUACUACGACAGCAGGAUGGAUUCCCUGCAGUUCCAGGCGCAGUUCCAGGCCGUCGAGUUCCCGGAGCUGCGCGUGCACCCGGAUCUCAGGGACAAGAUGUUCUUCGUCUGAUGCCGCCUGCUUUUUCAGGGCACCCUGGAGCACGGUGAGUACGUUCUGCUUCUUGUGUGCGCGUUCUUGCAGCGUACGGUGAAGGCCUGCUGUGUUGUGUACAUGGUCGUCAAGUUGGCUCUUACGGCUUUGCUGUGUUCGUACAUGCUCGCCGAAUUGAUUCAUACAGCUUUGCUGUGUUCUGUACAUGCUCGCCGAACUGGCUUGUUACAAACUCAUUCUUGUACAUUCUGUUACUGGAGAUACUGCUGAUCACUGUGAAUCAACAAAGAAUAGUUUCGAUC